AUGAUUGGUGGAUUUGGAAGAAGAUUUACUAAUUACGGGAAACACACUCACAGACUCAUUUCCACUUCUCCCACUCCCCUCCAACGCCAAUCCCUCGUCGAGAAGAUCGUCAGCCAGUACACCACUCCUACAAAGCCUGUGAGAUCUGGUGACUACGUCAUGAUCAAGCCACAGCAUAUCAUGACACACGAUAACACUGGUCCCGUCAUUUCCAAAUUCGCUGCUAUCGGCGCCACCAGCUUCUCGAAUCCCCGACAACCCGUUUUCACUAUAGACCACGAUGUACAGAACAAAUCUGACAAGAACUUGGAAAAGUACGCUAAAAUCGAGGCCUUUGCGAAUAAACACGGUGUAGAUUUCUAUCCAGCCGGGAGGGGAAUAGGUCACCAAAUCCUCAUCGAGGAGGGGUACGCGUGGCCACAGUCGCUAGUCGUAGCCAGUGAUAGCCAUUCUAACAUGUACGGCGGUGUAGGCUGUCUGGGAACACCGAUAGUGCGCACAGACGCUGCUGCCAUCUGGGCAACCCAACGCACCUGGUGGCAAGUACCUCCCGUCGUCAAAGUAGAGUUGAAGGGCAGUCUGCAGCCGGGCGUCAGUGGAAAGGAUGUAAUAGUUGCGCUCUGCGGCACUUUCAACCACGACGAGGUGCUCAACAGCGUCAUUGAGUUUGUCGGUGACGGUGUAUCCAUGCUAUCCAUCGACGAGCGUCUCGCCAUUGCGAACAUGACCACCGAAUGGGGGGCACUGGCUGGGGUGUUCCCCGUCGACGAGCAUACACUUGCUUGGUACGAAGCACAGGCGAAGAAGCUCGAUCUUGGGGUGUUCUCCGCCCUCGCUCCCUCCGCUGGCCACCAACCCGGCAGCCCGCACCCGCGCAUCAACAGCGACAGGAUCCGCGCGUUGGCUGGUAAUGUCCUGCGUGCUGACGAUGACGCGCAAUACGCCGCCCACCUCUCUCUCCAACUCGACACGCUUGUGCCGCACGUAUCCGGCCCCAACUCGGUGAAAGUAUCGACGCCGCUGCCUGUGUUACAAGAGCGCUCUGUCAAGAUCGACAAGGCGUAUUUGGUGAGCUGCACCAAUAGUCGUGCGUCUGAUAUAGCAGCUGCGGCGGCGGUUGUGCGUGGACGACAAGUGGCGGAGGGUGUGCAAUUCUACAUCGCUGCUGCAUCCUCAGUCGUGCAGAAGGAUAGCGAGAUGAGCGGUGAUUGGCAGACACUGCUAGAUGCCGGUGCCCGCCCUCUUCCGGCUGGUUGCGGCCCUUGUAUUGGCCUAGGUGUUGGGUUGCUCGAAGAUGGCGAGGUCGGUAUUAGCGCUACGAACCGCAACUAUAAAGGCAGGAUGGGCUCACCUAAUGCCCUCGCUUACCUCGCUUCUCCUGCUGUCGUAGCGGCGAGUGCUAUCAAUGGGCAUAUCACCGGUACUGGACUCCACGAUAAUCUCCACCUCAGCACGAGCAAUAAACCCGAAUGGAGUAUUGAAAAUGGUGGUGAGAAGGAGGAGAGCACAACACAAAACGUUAACCAAAACAUUCCAAAGGAACCACUCCUGCCAGGCUUCCCAGCCAUGUUCGAAGGCCCACUUCUCUUCGCCCCUCAGGAUAACCUCACCACGGAUGGGAUGUAUCCCGGCAAAUACACAUACCAGGACGAUAUCACCGCUGCCAAACAGGCCGAGGUGGUCAUGGAGAACUACGACGUGUCGUUUGCGGGAGUGGUGAAGAAGCUGCAUGAGCGUGAGUCGAGUAGCAGGGUUAAUGACAAUACGUCCACACACUCCGGCGUCGUCCUCGCCUCCGGUUUCAACUUUGGUACAGGCUCAUCACGCGAACAAGCCGCAACAGCCCUGCUUAAUGCCGGUAUCCCUCUCGUUCUCGGCGGAAGUUUCGGUGAUGUGUACCGCCGUAAUGCCAUCAAUAACGGCCUCAUCGUCGUCGAGUGUCCCGAGUUGAUUGAGGAUAUGACUAGCAAAUUCACUCCAGAUAAUCAACGCGGUAUGGGUGGUCGUAAUGGUGAACAGACGGUGCAUACUGGGUGGAAUGUCCGUGUUUCUACCGCUGAUGGACUCAUUGAGGUCGUCGACGCGGACCGCAACGUCGUCAAAUCUUACAUAGCUCCUAGAGUUGGUACCGCCGUGCAGGAUAUUUGGACAGCGGGUGGUCUCGAAGGUUGGGUGAAGAGAUCCAUUGCGGCUGCUUAG